CAAUGUGAAGGUCAUUUAUGUCAUUUGACACAAUUGAAUAUCGCAAAUUUUUAUUCACUGCUAAUUGCUUUUAGCUGCCAUUGCAUUUCUAAAGCUCAACGCAUUAUUAAUCUUAACACUCUCACCGUUGCCGGUUAUUUAUGGCUCGGUCCUUAUCUAAUUUCACCAUUUUCUCCCUCCCUUGUCUCUCUAUCCUCUUCCAAGCCAUCAUCUCCACCGUCGGAUCAUCCCAUCAGACGGUCACACUACGAACGACGCCGGAGAACCAUUUCCGGACGCGGGUGGGUGCACCGUUUAAAUUGGCACUAUUUGCCGACUUGCACUUCGGGGAGAACGCGUGGACGGAGUGGGGCCCGCAACAGGAUGUGAAUUCUAUCAAGGUUAUGUCCAGUGUGCUGGACAGUGAAACUCCAGAUUUUGUAGUCUAUCUUGGAGAUGUUAUUACGGCGAACAAUAUCCCAAUUGCAAAUGCAAGCUUAUACUGGGAUCAAGCACUUUCUCCAACAAGAUCCAGGGGCAUCCCAUGGGCUAGUGUUUUUGGAAACCAUGAUGAUGCACCGUUUGAAUGGCCAAUGGAGUGGUUUUCAGCCUCUGCAAUUCCUCAGCUUGUUUGCCCUAUGGUCAAUUCAUCAUGUUCAGGUGAACAAGAGUGUAGUUUUAGGGGCACUUCACGAUUGGAGUUGAUGAAAAAUGAGAUGGAUAAUAAUUUGCUAUCAUUUUCUAGAAGCGGGCCUAAAGAUCUUUGGCCAGGUAUAUCUAACUAUGUACUCCAGGUCUCAUCACAAGAGAAACCAGAAACACCUAUAGUGUAUCUCUACUUUCUAGAUUCUGGUGGAGGUACCUAUCCAGAAGUUAUAUCAAGUGCCCAAGCAGAAUGGUUUAAGCGUAAAUCUGAAGAGAUCAAUGCUGAUUCAAGGAUCCCAGAAAUAAUCUUCUGGCACAUACCCAGUAAAGCUUAUAAAAAGGUGGCUCCUAAGUUCCGAAUACACAAGCCUUGUGUGGGUUCCAUUAACAAGGAAAAGGCUGCUGCUCAAGAAGCUGAAAUGGGUAUCAUGAAGGUUCUUGUUAUAAGGCCUUCUGUCAAGGCAGUGUUUGUUGGGCAUAACCAUGGAUUAGACUGGUGUUGCCCAUACAGGAAGCUGUGGCUAUGCUUUGCUAGACAUACUGGUUAUGGUGGUUACGGAAAUUGGCCUAGAGGAUCUAGAAUCCUGGAAAUCAGUGAGGAGCCCUUCUCUAUAAAGUCAUGGAUAAGGAUGGAAGAAGGUAAUGUGCAUAGUGAAGUGAUCCUGAGUUCUUAACAUGUUACGUCCAAUAUUUUCUGUAGAAUAAAAGGACAAAAGAAAUUGAUCAAGCUAACAAUAAAGGAAUAUAUAUAGGAAGAAGAGAUGUACCAUUGAGAUAUAUGUCUUGUAAUGUUUGUAUCUUUGUCUGAUUAUUCUUCACUGAUUCCAAUGUAUUUUUAGUUUGGAAAAUGCUAUA